CUGUCGAACGAGGUGCUGCUGUCGAUCGUGCGCUCGGAGCUCGCGGAUGAGGAGGUGAACCGGCUGGUGUGGAACGCGCUGGGCUAUCGCUCGCGCGUGGAGCUGGACGCGGAGACGCUCACGGCGAACGAGGUGUGGACGCCGGAUGAGGUGUUUCCGAAUUGGGCGAAAAGUUAUCCCGAACCACCGGACGUGAUCGGGGUGACGAGGAAGUACGAUCCGAAGAUUGACGCGCCGGUGAAGGUGGCGUGCGCGGCGUUGACGCGGUCGGUGCCGGAGGAACACAAGCAAGGGAUUAAGACGACGCUCACGCCGUUGGGAUGGAAAGGGUUUAAGAUGGAAGGGUUGACGCCGAACAUGACGCGUCGAGCGCAGGUGGCGAAUUGGUUGUUGUUUUACAGGCGC